AUGUCAAGCAUGAUCACUGGCGGAGGCAAGUCGACAUUUAGGUCAUUCUAUGAUUCGUGUAUAGCCCCCGCCUUUUACAUGGACUACAGGAGUCUGGCAUUUGGUCGUGUGAUGGUGGCAUCGUACUUGUUGGCCGAUAUAUUCUUUCGAGCACUCGAUGCAGAUAUACAUUAUACACAGUGGGGCCAGUUCCCCGCGUCAAUGGCCGCACCACUGCUAGAGUAUAGGUUCACGCUGCAUUUGUUCAAUGGCUCCUACAUCUUCCAGCUAUUUAUGUUUGCAAUGGCCGCACUAUUUGCCUUUGCAUUGCUCAUUGGCUAUCACACGCGCAUUGCCGCACUGCUCUCCUACAUCAUGUUGGCAUCGAUCCAGAACAGGAACGUCUACGUGCUCGACGGAAGCGAUGAUUAUAACAGAAUGAUAUUGUUCUGGUUCAUAUUACUGCCAUCGGCCAAGAGAUUCGCUGUGGACGCCGUGCGCACACAACCAACCUACACCGCACAGCGCAUCAUUCGCAAUAGGGAUGUCGGUACACUUGGCGAUAAGACAAUGGGUGGUGGCGCGCAGCCCAAUCAAUCACACAUCUCAUUAUCCACACUUGGCUACAUGACACAAUUCACCUGCAUCUAUCUAUUCACUGCACUGCUCAAACAUGGCGAUGACUGGCACGUCAACCUCAAUGCUGUCUACUACUCACUCAAUCUUCGCGAGUUCAACUAUGGACUCACCUGGACACUCCUCCAGUAUCCUGACUUCCUCAGAUUCCUCACAAAGGCCACACUAUUGUUUGAGUACCUUGGACCAAUAUUAAUGGUGUCUCCAGUACUCAAUCCUUAUUGCCGUAUAUUUUCUAUAUUGGGCUUUGUUGGAAUGCACGCUGGAUUCGGAUUAUGUAUCAACAUCUACCUGUUCAUCUUUAUACCCAUGGUCGCUGUAUCAACCUACACACCAUCACUGAUAUGGGACUACUUCGAUAGAGUGAUCACCAGUGUCAGAGAGCGACACAUGUUAACGAUAUACUAUGACUCAAAGGCCAACGAUGUACAACAAUUACAUGAGGAUGGUAUAUUCGUCGACGAGUCUGCUCAACAACAUGGAGAGGAGCUUAAGUCAAGAUACUUCUCAGUCCAAUUCGAUGGUGAUAUAUAUUGCGACUAUCAGGCCUUUGUUGUCCUGGUAUCACAAUCAUGGCUCUUGUGGCCACUUCAAUCCAUUGUAAAGACCAAGCCCUGUUGCCAAUUCCUCUCAACAAUAUGCUCAGCCUUUGUUGAUUUGUUCAACAGCAGGGACAGCUUUGGACUCAAACAGAGAAAGCAAGCCAUCAAUAACACAAGUGGAGACAAGAGGAGCAUUGGAAGGAUAUUGGUAACGAUCGUAAUCCCUCUUAUAUUCAUACUUUAUGUGCCAUAUUGGAACUACAAUGGAUACAGACGAUCAUUGGACGCCACAUAUCCAAGCCCAAAGUUUGCCACAUGGGCCUACAUCUUCAAGGCCGAUCAGUGGUGGGGCAUGUUCGCACCGAACCCGCCAAAGUACAGCCGCUGGCUGGCCGUGCCCGCACAGUUUGAGAACCUGCAGGACGUCGACCUGCUCAACGACCUCAAACAAGUGGACUAUGUUGCCAACCCCGUCUACACAUUCAACAGUGGACAGCGCCAGAGGAACUUCCUCAUGUCGGUGAUCUACCACGAGGAGAUAAGGCUAAACUAUGGUCGAUUCAUUUGUCGCACUUGGAACAUCAACUAUCCGAACGAGGGCUAUGGCAAGUUAAAGACAUUCAAGAUUGUUCUGGUACAGCGUCUAACGCGUGAGCCAGGUGACGACACGCCCAACGAUUACUUCAAGGAGGACAUUUGGACUCAUACAUGUUGA